AUGGUACAUUCAUUCUCAAACUGUCCUUUGCGAUCCUCCUGUCUGCUCAUUACAAACCACUCUAAUCAGCAUAUAGUGACAGCAACAGACGAGGUGCUGGAUCUGCUAGGCUAUUCCAUGUCAGACAUCAUUGAUCAUUCGAUACAGCAGUGCCUCCAUCUUAAGCUAUCGUCAGAGAUAUCAUGUAUACCUCAGUGCAAAAUAAGGCACGCCAAUGGCAGUAUGCUGAACUUUCAAGUGUGCAUACAUCAGGAUCCACUGGGAAGCAGUAGCUGUCUGGAUUAUUGGCUGAUUCGAUUAUCUUCCACAUCCUCAAACACUUUGCUAAGCUCAACAUCUACAAUAAAUAAUGCAACAUCUGUGCUCUGUCUCAGUCCGUUUGGCACCAUUGAGCAAAUACAGGCUUCUCCCAUCCUCAAACAGCCCCCACAUGAGCUGUUGGGCAGACCCGUCAUGGCAUUUGUAUACAAGGACGAUGUGGAGCCACUGUGCGCCAACCUCUCCAGAAUCUGCUCGUUGCAGCAGCAGCACCGCUAUCACCAUGUGGUGGAUCCCCUGUUUAUUCGAUGGUCCAGUCUACCUUAUCUGCUCUCCACCUCCAUGCUAGACCACGAAGACAGCUUAAACUACGAUUGGAUGUCGUUUACACUCAUGUCUGGAAACAGCAACAGCAACAACAGCAGCAUGCGGCGACCUAUCUGCAUCUUGCAGCCAUUACAAAUACCAACGAAAGAAGCAACAGCAUGUGAAGAGUCAUUAGUGUUACAUUUUUCUGUAUUUGACCAAUUGGUAGACUAUUGCAAAUACAUGAUCCAAGUAGCUGAAGAUAGUAAAGUGUACAUUAUCGAGUUCUAUCAUCACGCUGUCUGCAGCCUCAUAGAGCUGCUCUCCAUUUUCAUGCAACAACAUCCAGCAUUACAAGAAGCGGCACACCCAGAGGACGAGGCUCCAUGCACCACUCCAAAUGCCACACCAGCAAGUAUUCACAGUGUCUUCUGGAAUUUCGUCAAAUCAAACUACAUUUUGCAGAGAUCUCUCACCAUCCUGGAGUUCACUGGUCUUUUGGACCAGCAUCAUUAUUUUAAGACAUGCAUCGAAACUGUAUCUAACUGA